ACGCCGCCGCCGCCGUGCCGCGCGCGCCGGCAUGGGGAGGCGAUCCGGCGGCAGGAAGCUGCCGUUCUUCGGCUCCUCCUCAUCCUCGUCCUCCACCAAGCGGUCCCGCUCCGCGCGCCGCCUCCCCUCCCUCCCCAAGCCCCGCGCGGCGGCGGCUCCUCCAGCCUCGCCGUCCCCGGCCCCUGCGGAGGGGAAGACCUCCCAGCCACUACCACCUCUCGCCCCAGCCGCCGCUGCAGCGGGCGGCGGCUGGGUCGUGUCCGGGAAGGUCGGGAAGAAGAAGGCCGGCGCGCGCCUGUGGAUGAGGCUGGACCGGUGGGGCGCCUCCGAGAUCGUCGAGCUCGACAAGGCCUCCAUCAUCCGCCGAGCCGGCGUGCCCCCACGCGACCUCCGCAUCCUCGGCCCCGUCUUCUCCCACUCCUCCAACAUCCUCGCUAGGGAGAAGGCGAUGGUGAUCAACCUCGAAUUCAUCAGGGCGAUAGUUACGGCCGAGGAGGUCCUCCUAUUGGACCCUCUCGCGCACGAGGUUCUUCCUUUCGUUGAUCAAUUGAGGCAGCAUCUCCCUCUGAGAAACCUGGUGGGCGGGAAUGGUGAAUGUGCCGGUGAUGGCCAUGGGGAGAAGCAGGAUGGCUCGCCCAGAGAUCAGGUGCCAUGUCUUAAUGAGGCGACCGGGGCGGAGCAUGAGCUUGCAUUCGAGUUCCAGGUGCUGGAGGUCGCGCUUGAGGUUGUGUGCUCGUCGCUGGACUCUAGUGUGGCUGACCUUGAGAGGCACGCUACUCCAGUUCUUGACGAGCUGACCAAGAAUGUGAGCACGAGGAACCUCGAGCGUGUACGGAGCCUCAAGAGUGAUCUUACACGUUUGCUUGCCCGUGUGCAGAAGGUGAGAGAUGAAAUAGAACAUCUUCUAGAUGAUAAUGAAGACAUGGAACAUCUGUAUCUAACAAGAAAGCAAGUACAAAACCAGCAGGUUGAGGCAAUAAUGUCAUCUGCUGCUUCCAAUAGCAUUGUUCCUGCCGGAACAGGUCUGCCCAGGAUGAACUCUAGCUUUCGUCGCAGCUUGAGCAUUGCUACCAAUAUGCAUUUGGAUAAUGAUGUGGAGGACCUAGAGAUGUUGCUUGAGGCUUAUUUCAUGCAGCUGGAUGGAAUUCGCAACAGAAUUUUGUCGGUUCGGGAGUAUAUCGAUGACACAGAAGACUAUGUCAACAUUCAGCUUGACAACCAGCGUAAUGAACUCAUUCAGCUCCAGCUUACGCUGACCAUUGCAUCCUUUGGCAUAGCUGCCAACACUUUCAUAGCUGGGGCUUUUGCAAUGAACAUCCCAAGCUCUCUGUACAACAUCACCGACGGCAGCCUCUUUUGGCCGUUUGUUGGGGGCACCUCAUCAAGCUGCUUCGUUAUCGCCAUCGUCUUGUUAGGGUACGCCUGGUGGAAGAAGUUGCUGGGUCCUUGAACACGAAGUGAAGGCAAGUCAUGGGAAAGAGCAUUUUCAUGAUUGCAUAAGAGGGAUCAGGCGUUUUAAUGAAAGAAUAGAACUGUAGGACUGAAGAGAAAGUCUGAUAUAGUCAUGUCUCAAGAGUAGUCAAUAAGAUAAAUCCUCUGUAAUUUUUCACUGGCAUAAAUUACACGACCAGAUGAUGUUGUGAUCAUACGCUGUCACGUUAACAUUAACAGAUGUAGAUCUUGCUGGCAAUGAAAAAAUGCUGUCAUGGUGUCAUAGGUUAUAA